AUGCCCGAGAACCUUUUUGAUGACAGCCGGAAAAGACUAAGGUUAGAAGAAGCUGAUCAUCAAUCACAUAUGGACUCCAACGAAAUGGACGAAAAUUAUACUCCGGCAUUCGCACCCAUUCCACAAGGCCAUCGCAUCAAACAUCCUUGCGGGAAACGUCGUUAUUCCGUUAGCGGCGAAUCGAUCCGUCCAGCAGACUCAUCGUUGCCAACACCAAUCCACAAGACUCCGAUUAUCAUAAAACAGAUCGAAGAGGCAACUCGGCAAAAUUUGCUUUUUAAGAAUUUGGAUCCUGAAACUAGAGAGCACAUCUACGAUGCCAUGUUUGAAAGAACCGUGUUGAUGGGCGAAUGUGUCAUCAAACAAGGAUCACCUGCCGAACUCUUCUAUGUUGUUAUUCAUGGAUUGUUCUCCGUCCACGUAGAUGAUGCAUUUGUUACCACUGUUGGAAGUGGCGGAUCGUUCGGUGAACUCGCUUUAAUGUACACUAAUCCACGUACAGCCACCGUAAAAGCCAUAACAAACGGUACACUCUGGGCGAUAGAUAGAACCACCUACAAUCGUAUAGUAACAAAAAUCGCCUAUAACAGAAAUAGAGUAUACGAGGGCUUUCUCCGCGAAGUACAAAUAUUCGACUCACUAGAGCCUGAGGAAAUUGCCAAACUCGCCGAUUCUAUGGAAGCAGUCAAGUAUGAAGAUGGUGAUACGGUUGUCCGUCAAGGAGAGACCGGGGAACUGUUUUACGUUAUUGAGGUCGGGUCUGUGGAUUUGGUGAAGCACGAUGGAAGACGAGAGAUUCAGUUGCCAAGUCUUGGACCCGGAAAGUAUUUUGGUGAACUUGCCUUGCUAAACGACACUCCACGUCAAGCAACAAUCAAAGCUUGUGGAUCCGUUCGCCUAAUUACUUUGAAACGUGAUGCGUUCCAUCGUCUUCUUCCGGCGACGGUCAUAGAAAACAUGCGUCGUCACGCUGAAUCGUACAAUAAUGUUUCGACAUACAGUGGGGCUGGAGGUGUGAACGUGUUGCACACGACUUAA